GGAAAACAACGUUCACAGGAUAAGAUGAAUGGAAACUGCAGGAGAAAAGGCCAAAACGGCUGAGACAAUAAAUAAACUGAAGAUGUCAUUUUUAGUCGACUGGAUCUACAGAGGAUUUAGUAGUGUUUUACAACUCUUAGGUCUGUACAAAAAGACUGGGAAGCUUGUUUUCCUGGGUCUUGACAAUGCCGGUAAAACGACACUGCUGCACAUGCUGAAGGACGACCGUCUAGGCCAGCAUGUGCCAACACUGCAUCCAACCUCUGAAGAGCUGACAAUUGGUGGCAUGACAUUUACCACAUUUGAUUUGGGAGGACAUGUACAAGCUCGAAGAGUUUGGAGGAACUACUUGCCAGCUGUUAAUGGAGUCGUCUUUCUUGUUGACUGCGCAGAUCAUGACAGACUCAGCGAGUCCAAGACUGAACUUGAUUCUCUCCUCUCAGACGAGACCAUCGUCAACGUACCAGUGUUAGUUUUAGGCAAUAAAAUUGACCGCCCAGAAGCAAUCAGUGAAGGAGGACUGAGAGGAGCUUUUGCUCUCGACUGUCAAGUCACUGGGAAGGGAAAUGUCUCUAAAAAGGACUUGAACAAUCGCCCACUGGAGAUUUUCAUGUGCAGCGUGUUGAAGAAACAAGGCUAUGGGGAAGGUUUCAGAUGGUUAUCGCAGUACAUCGAAUGACAUGCAGGAGUGGAACGUUACCAGAGGGGGUUUAACUGACAUGCGACCAUGAACCAUGAUGACGACUGUCAACCAGCACAUACUUCAAGUCAUAUUGUUAAGAACAUAUCCUUAACUGUUUUCUAUGCAAACCUGAAAAUUGGUUAAUAGUGAAUUGUCCUAAAUGUGUUAUCAAUAUGAGUGAGUCGCAUGUUAAUUAUCCAAAAUAUGAGCAGCCAGAUAUUUUGCAAGAAUGUAGAUAUAUGUAAGCUUCAGUGUUGCAUUAUUUAUUUAGCAGAUGAGUUUCUCAUUCAGGAAUUGACUUGUUGGUGAAUGAUGAAAUGCACAGACUCUUGGUGGUUGUGAGCAAGUUCCUGUCUGGCUGACUUUGAAUUAAGGCUUGGCUUAGAUUUUUUUUAAACAACGGAGAACUACAGAGGAUUGAUUUUACUUGAUUGAAUGUGGUGAGAAGGGCUAUCUGCCUAUGAAGCAUAAAACCAAAGAUCUAUGCUAAGGACUUGCGUAAGCUGGGAGAAAUUUGGGGGUUCAGCAGAAUUGUAUAUGUGCUGAGCAUUGAGCCAAAACUAACUUCAAAUCUUAUUCAUGAAUCCAAAGGUCAGAAAAGGCUUAAUAACGGCACUUGUGAUGAAGUUAAGUUAGUUAGCUUACCGAUGAGCUUUGAUUAAUGUUUAGCUCGCUGCUUUCCUUGACCGCCCUUGUUUCGUUGUGUCAUGAUGUUCCACCCUUGAAAUGUCAGAAAGCAAUAAAGUGAGAAGAGCUGGCUGGACUGUAGCAGAGAACCCUUUUUGAGAGUCGUAAAGAAUAUAUGUUCUUCCAAGUUUGUUCGUCCUCUCUGCUAUGUUAUUAAAUAUAGCUGCAUUAAAAAAGGCGUUGAUUUGAAGAGGCAACAUUUUAAUGUGAAAGUCUGCAAGUAAAGGUAAAUAAUAUAUUGAGUUGUCAUCAGUGUACUUUUUGAUUAUCUGAAAAGAUAGGAGAGUACACUAACAAACACUAAUAUGAAGUGAAAAUUGAUGUCCUUUAUGUCUAUGCAUGAAAACCUGUUUAGAUGUUUACAAUGACCUUUUAAAGUAUCUAACCUCAUGACUUGAAAUGGAUAAUAAGGAAGACCAGUAUGCAAUCUUUGUACCUUAUUGACUGCAUCUUGUAUUAAAAUAGUAAGCUUUAGAUUAUUUGAUGUGUCAAUAUUUGUAUCAGAGAUAAACUGUAUACAAAGGUUUUAUACAGGAAAGUGUUUAUGAAAAUGUACAGUAGAACACAUGAAAGAAAUCUUUUUUUGUUUCUUUGAACAGAGUUCUGUACCUUUUUGAUGAUCUCCUGUAAAUGAUGUAUUAUCCAAAUGUAGAUUGUUGUACAGUAACUACCAUUAAUCAGGCACUAUAAAGCACUGGAGUUGUUUAUAUCGGCAUAGUCCUAGAAUUAAUAUUUUCAUUAUCUGUAAAAUAGUUUGAACUAAAAGGACGACCACAAAGUAAAAGAGUGAAUUUAAUC